AGGGGACCAGUGGAGACGCAACAGCAACACUGACGUCAGCAGAAGAUCCAGAGCCACUGCUGCAGAAAUUCGGGCUCUCACCUCGCACACGAGCAACCGCUGCAGAGACACCAGCAGAGACACCCAAGAACAACCGAGAGCCCACAACCAGCAGCACCCUUGAGUCUCAGCAGAGGUUUAAUUCAUCGACCAAGCAGGCGCAACCCACACUGAGAG